CUGUAAAAGAAACAUAUCUAAGGAAGAAAAGAAGGAGAGCAGCCUUAAAAAUAAUUGUAUUUCUUUGUUUGUUAGAAGGCAAGAAAAGAAUCCAUUAUUGUGUGCAGGGUGGGAAGUUCCUUGUAACUUCUCUUUGGCAGCUGUUACAAGGUUUUAAUUUGGUUUCUGAUGCUAUAAAUUUUAACGUUACUUGCUUCUUUUCACAAACCAAUCUUCUCUCUUCAUUCCAUUUUCCAUUCCUUUGUUUUUCCCUUGAAAUUACUAUCUGGGUGUUUGUUACUUUCUGUCAAGCUCUUAAAAUUUGUAUUGAAACUUUUGAUUCUGUACUUGUUUGAGAAGUCUCUUUUAGACCCAUUUUUCUUGGUAGAUCAUAAUAUCAAAAUAUGGGAGUUGGAGCUACUUUGGAGUAUUUAUCUGAUUUGAUGGCAUUUAGUGGCUAUAAACAGAAGAAGAAGAAGAAGCAAUUACAGACUGUAGAGCUUAAGGUCAGGAUGGACUGUGAUGGCUGUGAGCUCAAGGUCAAGAAUGCCCUUUCUUCAUUAAGUGGAGUUAAAAAGGUGGAGAUAAACAGGAAACAGCAGAAGGUUACUGUAACUGGUUAUGUAGAUUCAAACAAGGUAUUGAAGAAGGCUAAGUCAACAGGAAAAAAGACUGAGAUUUGGCCUUACGUUCCUUACAAUUUAGUGGCUCAGCCUUACAUUGCUCAGGCUUAUGACAAGAGGGCACCUCCUGGUUAUGUCAGGAACGUGGAAAGCACUGCAACCACUGGCACUGUGACCAGAUAUGAAGAACCAUAUAUCUCCAUGUUCAGUGAUGACAACCCAAAUGCCUGCUCUAUCAUGUAAUGCCCCCAAUACAAAAUACUACCAUUUCUGCCUUAUUUAUCUGCCUACCCUUUUCAGGAGUCUAUAAGGAUAUCAUUGUAAAAUCCCCAUCUAGGGGUUUUUCUUUUUUCCUUUUUUACUUUUUUAUUUGGGAUUUUAUUGUUAUAUUUCAUGAAUGUAACCUGUGAGGAGAUUAGUGAGUUCAUGAAUGUUUUCUUGCUUUGCUCUCUGGAGUCUGGACCCGUUCCGUUUUUACCCAUUGUGGCCUUUCUGUCCCAAUCAGUAGUCUGUAAUUUUGCUGGGAGUGGUUCUGCUGGUGGGCCAAAUGCCAACUUUUUAAACGUGGGUUUAGGUAUUUGAUGGUGAAAUCAAAAUCCAGUGGGUUGUUAUGAGUCUCCUAUAUAUUUAGUACCUCACUUUGUUUUGUUGUUCUCUAAA